AUGAAUAAAUUUUCUACAUUAAGUAAUUUUACAUUACAAGUUACUGUGAUCUUUAUUGCUUGGUAUUUUGUUAGUUCAGCAUCUAGUAUUGUCAAUAAAAUUACAUUACAGAAUUAUCCAUAUCCUAUGACAGUUGCUUUGGUGUCACUUUGUUACGUUGAACUUUGUUCCGUUCCAGUACUUCGACUAUGGCAUAUCAAACAACCUUCUAUAUCCAAUUAUUAUCUUAUAUAUUAUAUCAUUCCAAUAUCAUUUGGUAAAGUAAUUGCUGUUGUUAGUGCAUAUAUAAGCGUUUGGAAAGUUUCAGUUUCAUACGUACAAACAGUAAAAGCAACAAUGCCAUUAUUUGCUGUCUUUUCUGCUCGAAUUGUUUUGAAAGAGCGACAAAGCAAGCAUGUUUAUCUAUCAUUAAUACCGAUUAUAAUUGGUGUAGCUAUUGCAACAUUUACCGAAUUAUCAUUUGAUUUAAGUGGUUUACUAAGUGCUUUAUUAUCUACCGGUAUUUAUUCGGUGUUAAAUGUUUUUGUCAAAAAGGUAUUGGAAGGUGCUGAUAUUCAUCCAUUAUAUUUGUUAGCAUUAAAUUCUCGUAUUGCUGCAAUCUUACUGUUUCCGGUUUGGUGUCUUCGUGAUGGCUUAUUAUUAUGGCGUGGUGUUGAGUUAACUGUAUGUUUAUUUCUUUUUUAUUUUCAUUUAUCCAACCAAUUUUUUUUUUUUUUUUUUUUGUGA